AUGUCAACAAUCAGAAAGGCAUACAUGGAAAUCUCCAAUGGAAUUCGGGGACUUCGCUUCCACAAAGAUCAACCCUCUAGCAGUCCCACCUGCCAACACGAUGGUGGCUGCAACAGUAAGAUUUCUGCUACCGAGGAUGGCAGACCGGCGUCUGCCUCCCCGCGAACUUCGAAAAGCGUGGUACAUACAGAAGAGAAUAUUGUGGCCAACGCUGUUUCCCGCCUUUUUCCUGCUAAAUCUGCCUCGCCGCCAUUGAACAGACACGAAUACCCACAAACACCAGAAACUAAAUUCAUGCCUUCUCAAAAUUCGUCGACAAUUUCUUCAUUAUUGAGAAAAACUCCUUCUCCAUUAGCUACCUCAUCUACGCAGACAAAUCAGUCGAACGCCAUCAUCACCUCAGACCAGAAUUCCAACCACACAAAACAACAUGAGGAUUCAAUUCUUCACAACGGCAAACUCAAACGCCCAAACAAGGACGCCAUUUUUACCCCGACCAAGCUGAUUGGGCAGCCGAAAGCGGGAAUAGCUUGCCGGAUCCGGAGGUUAAACAUGAGCAUGACGGGACAAAAAUGGACGGUGAAACCUGAAACUAUACACGAAUUAAUGAUGGACGAGAAGUUCAUCAGCCAGUUUUUCUUCUAUUUUCCUUCUGAAGAAAGACGAAGAAUGUGCCAAGUUUGUAAAAAGUGGAAAUCUGUUUUAUACCAGAGCGUUUAUUGGGUAGGGGUCAUGCCAGUAAUUGACUUCAAAGAAUGGAGAAGUGAUACAUCCAAACGUAGAACCUGCUUUGACAAUUUCCAGCAAAGAGGUUUUGAUCAAGUGUGCUUCAUUGGUGCUACAGAUAAAGAUAUCUCUGAUUUUGUGAAUAACAUACCUUCUUGUAAAAAAUCCGUUCGUUCUGUGAGUAUUCGCUGUUCAAACAUUUCCGACUCAGCGUUAGAGAACCUCAUUCGAAAGGCGGCACAAAUCAACAACUUAGAACUGUCAAACUGCAACGAAAUCACCGGGUCCGGUUUAUGGGCUUGUUUGAAUGCGAGGAUUGUGGGCUUGACAAUCACGGAUUGUAUCCAUAUAGCUGACGAUACACUUGGUGCGAUUGCGCAGCUGCUGCCGGCUCUCCAUGAACUCAAUCUCCAAGCGUACCACGUCACCGAUAACGGACUUGCCUUGUUCGAUUCCAAGCUAAACUCCUCACUGCGUAUCCUCAGACUCAAGUCCUGCUGGGAGAUAACCAACCACGGGGUUGUCAACAUCAUCCACGGGCUGCCCAACAUCACGGUCCUGAGUUUGUCGGGUUGCAGCAAGAUCACGGACGAUGGCGUGGAGAUCAUCGCCGAGAACAUGAGCAAACUGAAGAGCUUGGAUAUCUCUUGGUGCUCCAGGAUAACCGACGCUUCUUUGGAGUAUGUCGCCUGUGACCUCGGCAACCUGGAGGAGCUGAUUCUAGACAGAUGUUCCCACGUUACUGACAUCGGCAUUGGAUACAUCUCUACAAUGACGUCACUGAGUCGACUGUUCAUCCGCUGGUGCGUCCAGGUUGGCGACUUUGGCCUUCAUCACAUCUUUUCCAUGCGCAAUCUUCGAAUUCUCUCUAUAGCAGGCUGCCGCAGACUGACCAGUAAUGGACUGUAUGGCCUCCGACAUCUACAAAGACUCCAAGAGCUGGAGGUGACCAACUGCCCAGGGGCUAACUCACCAGUGUGUCGUUACCUUAAGGAUAACAUGCCAAAAACUUUAAUUAUUGAAUGA